UAAGGUGCCCGCGCUGCGUUUCAUAGCAACUCAAAUACAAGAGAAGAGGUGCUGCGCAUGCUGCUCAGACCAGAGCAGUCCUUCUGUUUUCAGGGAUUCGUUUAUAUGUGUAAUGUUGUCUUAAUAUUAUAUUUGCCGUGUAUUUGAUUUGUAUUACUCCGUAGUCAUUUUGCAGUAGCAGAGGUACAUCUCUGUAGGAAGUAGAUGACUAUCUAGCUGGCUGGCUAAAUUAAGCUGACAGCUGUAAUUUAUUAUUCUAUGACAAAACUUAGUAAAAAAAGCAAGACAGAUAACUAAUGUUCGAUGCAGUAAACUCUUAAUGUGAGUUAUCUUGCUAGUGAAUAUCUAACAAAUAUUUAGCCAGUCAUUGCUAGAAGGCACGGGUUUUCGAUUUGAAAUAUUUUGAGUGUGACUGAAAUAUAGACACUUUGACAAGUCACAAGAUUUUACAGUGCCCUCAAGAAUUUUAUUUUUUAGAAUCGGAACGGACUAGCUAAUCUGAUCAUCCUGUUGAAAUUUUGGUACCACACGGAACGGACUGAACUGAGGGCACACCCACGCCAAUACAAACAACUGUACCUGCAAGGGGGUGUCUGAGUGCGCACGUGGAUAGGCGAAUACAUACAGUGAAAGAAAUGUUUAAAAACACAUUUCAGAGUGGAUUCCUGUCCAUUCUCUACAGUAUUGGAAGCAAGCCACUCCAGAUAUGGGAUAAAAAGGUGAGAAAUGGUCACAUUAAGCGGAUAACGGAUAACGACAUUCAGUCUCUGGUGUUGGAAGUAGAAGGAACUAACGUCAGCACCACAUUCAUCACAUGUCCGGCAGAUCCAAAGAAGACACUUGGGAUCAAACUUCCAUUCCUGGUUAUGAUCAUCAAGAAUUUAAAGAAGUAUUUCACCUUUGAGGUUCAGGUGCUGGACGAUAAGAAUGUGCGGCGUCGGUUUCGGGCGAGCAACUACCAGAGCACGACCCGCGUGAAGCCCUUCAUCUGCACCAUGCCCAUGCGGCUGGACGACGGCUGGAACCAGAUCCAGUUCAACCUGUCGGACUUCACGCGCCGCGCCUACGGCACCAACUACAUCGAGACGCUCCGCGUACAGAUUCAUGCUAAUUGCCGCAUCAGAAGGGUAUACUUCUCAGACAGACUGUACUCGGAAGAUGAACUCCCAGCAGAAUAUAAACUGUAUUUACCUGUUCAGAAUAAAGCAAAGCAGUAGGAUAAAGUGACUCCCUUUCUUCAUCCUGGAUGUUAAGUACAUCUUCAGAUCUUCCCCCUGCGUAUCAUCGUCACUGUGACAAAACCCUGAUUAUUGUAUUUAUUUUAGAACAGUGAUUUCUUUCCACAAUUACUUGUCCUCUGCACAAUAAAUUUUGAAGAAGAACGCA